AUGCCUCCUAAUUUUUACCCUGUCACCUUUUCCCUAAUCAAGCUAUGCUUCAAUGAGCUGCGGUUUUCUUAUGCGGUGCAGCAGACAGGGCCCUUAGCCCAUUCAGCAUCCCGGGCACAGCCAGGUGUUCGGGGCCUUGUGAAAGGCCAACAGGGUUGGGGCCCUGCCCGUCUCCACGGGGGAAAGCGCCUCUCCUGCUCCCUGCCCGCCGACUCUCUCCGGCUGAUGGGGUCGGCACGAGGCCCCCUCGGCUCGACCUGGUUGCCCAGCAUUCGAUUUGUAUCCCCCCUUCGUCACCCUGCAGCACCAACAGAGACCUGCACAAGAAAUCUCCAGAGGGGAAGGAAAGUUGGCAUUGCCUAUGAGCCUACAGAGGGAAAUGGGGCAGCAGAGGCCCCCGAACCCAAAAAACAGAAAUGGGAACCGGCCAACUGGGAGCAGCAGCUGGCCAACAUCCAGGAGAUGCGGAGGGAGAGGGAUGCCCCGGUCGACCAGAUGGGAGCCAGGGCAUGCUUUGAUAGGGAGGCCCCUCCAGAGGUGAAGCGCUACCAGAUUCUGCUGUCGCUCAUGCUCUCCAGCCAGACGAGAGACCAGGUGACCUUCGCGGCCAUGAUGCGUCUGCGGAAGCAUGGCCUGACGGUGGACCGGAUCCUGGAGACUGACGAGGAGGCGCUGGGCCGGCUCAUUUACCCCGUCGGCUUUUGGAGGAACAAGGCGCGAUAUGUCCAGCAAACUACAGCAAUCCUGAAGCGGGACUAUGCUGGCGACAUCCCACCAACUGUGGCCGAGUUGGUGAAGUUGCCUGGGGUCGGUCCGAAGAUGGCCCACCUGGUGAUGGACAUUGCCUGGAAGAAAUCCUCGGGAAUCGGUGUGGACACACACGUGCAUCGGAUUUGCAACAGGUUAAAGUGGGCAAAAAAGGAAACAAAACUUCCAGAGGAAACGAGGCAAGCUCUGGAAGAAUGGCUGCCCAGGACUCUCUGGAGUGAGAUAAAUUGGCUCCUGGUUGGCUUCGGGCAGCAGAUCUGCUUGCCUGUCCGUCCACAUUGCAGCGAGUGCCUCAACAGAAACAUCUGCCCCGGAUCCAUGAAACACUGA